UUGGGUUCUCUGGGUCAAAUUUACGUUCAUCGGUGUUGCAUACCACAACUUUGAUCUGCUUUCUGGACGAAAGACAACUUCCUCGUCAACACAAUAAUAAUGGCGGAACAACUUGGCGAGGAGCAGAUCGCUGAUGAGACCAAACCCGUCCCUGCCGCAUCCAGGUCCAUACCGUGUAUAUUGGAAGCUGAAUUCAAGGAGGCCUUCUCCCUGUUCGACAAGGAUGGUGAUGGCACAAUCACCACCAAGGAGUUGGGCACUGUCAUGCGUUCUCUGGGACAGAACCCAACAGAAGCUGAACUUCAAGACAUGAUCAAUGAAGUUGAUGCAGAUGGGAACGGUACCAUUGACUUUCCUGAGUUCCUAACAAUGAUGGCAAGAAAGAUGAAGAACACAGACAGCGAAGAAGAAAUCAGGGAAGCAUUCCGUGUGUUCGACAAGGACGGCAAUGGUUUUAUCAGUGCUGCUGAGCUCAGACAUGUCAUGACCAACCUCGGCGAGAAGCUCACAGAUGAGGAGGUCGAUGAGAUGAUCAGGGAGGCUGAUAUUGAUGGAGAUGGUCAAGUCAACUAUGAUGAAUUCGUGAAAAUGAUGACUAGCAAGUAACAGGUUUUUUUUCAAUUUUCGGGUUAAAAUUGUUAGUUAAGCACGCAGUAACUUAUAGUCAGUAAGAGAUCUAGUGUAAAUGCUGAGGCCUCCCUGAAACCCACUUAUCAUUUAUUCAUAUUUGUUAAGUCUAGUUUUCGAUUCAGAAUAAAAUAAUGCCUUAGUAGGCUGAAGCUUCA